UGUGCAUGGUGCUUGCACAGGCGCCGUAGGCACGUCGAUCGGGACGCCGACCAGCGCGGUGCAUGGCACAUGCAGUCUGGGCUCGCCACGCACGGUUUGCUCGUCGCCGGCGCGGGUUUCGUCCUCGCCGAUUAAUUUACCAUCACAGGGUAAUGCAUCAAAGGGUCUUACACCAAAACGUACGUAUGUGCACACGGUAACACCAAAACGGAAUGCUCAGACGAGUACAAUUGUUUCUCCCAUGCCAAUGCCGGUUAUGGAUAUGGCAGAUUUGGCUACCAAGAAGAGCACAACACCGGGUAUAAUGACCACACCGGUAUCUCCAGCUUUAUUCUCUGAUGAGGUGAUUGCGUUUGGAGGCAUUAAAUCACAGACGGCAAAAGGUAUAAGGUCAAGUGGAAGACUUAGAGCGCAACCAAAUGCGGAUGCGACUCAGCUUGAAAAAGCUAUGCUACUGGCUCAAAGGCGUAAUGAAAGCUUUGCGCAAGGUUAUUCUUCGAGUUGUGCAGUGGAUACGGUUAUGGGCUUUCCUGCUACCGGAGGAUCAGCGCAAGGAUAUGGAUACUGGAUGCAACAGACUGCUGGUGCUUACUCAGGAUUUCUACUACCAGGCUACUGGGUGGCGACACAAUAAUAGGAUAGAGUAUGGCUAGCCUAUUUAGAUGUUUGCUGUUCCGUUGGUUGAUUUAUGUGGCAACCAAGUCAGACCCAUGAUUGUAUUUUCCCUAUGACUUUCGUACUUGUUACUUGAUACUUGAUACUCUAUAUGUUUAAUAAAAGGCCGUGUGCAUCGAUUGAUGCAGAGGCUGGGGCUGCUGCUCCUUUAUCGAAAA